AUGGCAGAUCAAAAGGCUACUAGCGCAGUCAAUAAUGCGACUGAUAAUGUUUCCAACCAGGCAAACAAUGCUGGCGACCAGGUCCAAGGCGGACUUGGAUUCCUGACCAGCACGCUUGGCAACACUGUCGGCGGCGUGUCCCGAACGGUUGGAGGCGUCACCGGGGCUGCGACCAAGGGACUGGGAGAUACGGUGAACAGCGUGGGCGGCGACACAGUCAGGCCAGUGGGCGACGGAAUUACUUCACUUGGAGGUGGUCUUCAGGGUGGUAUCAAUAGUGUUGCAGGGGGGGUUGAGAAUGCCGGAAACUGGAACAAGAAGCAGUAA